AUGAAUGCGAUUGUAGUGACUUGUUUGUUAUCACUGUUGGCUACACUGUCUGCACAAGUAGCGUCUGAUUAUACCCCAGCUGAUGAUCCACCUCCAAGAUGUAGACCAGGACUUAUUGUGGAUUGCAACGUUCAGAACGAAAACCUAGUUUGGUGUAAGGAUGAGAAUAAUGAGUGUAAAACGAUUUUGAACUCAUGUCUUUUCGAUCAAGCCAACUGCGCGCGUUACCGACUGGGACGGCCACUACUACAAUUAAUAUCGAAGGAAGAAUGCCAAAGGUUAUGUGUCACUGAUUGUUCCAAUGCACCACAAGAUAURAUUUGUACUCAUCGAGAUGGAAAAUAUUGCACUUUCCCCAGCCAAUGCGAAUGGACGAAGCAUUUAUGCAAUACGGGCGAAUGGCUAAUAGUUUGGUUCCAGGAGGGUCCACUUCCCUGUGGUUCAAUUCCAGUUCAGUGCUUUCCUUAACUGCUACACUCUUUUUGAAAGUUGACAUGAAGACAAAAUACAUCAGAGGAAUUAUCUUGCUAUUGCAAAAGCCUUGCGCGGUGCACGCAAAACAAAAUAUACCACACCAAAACCCAUCUACUAGCUAUCAUACAUAUUCAAUAUAGUAUAUGUAUAAGGUACAUGCGUGCUUUUGCAUACAUAUGUACAUAUGUAUUUCGGUGUAAGAUUUUUGAAUUUCAUGCGUUCUUGGAAGAGCAAAAGAAUUCCCCUAUAGAAUUAUUAGAGAUUAUAAUAAAUGUGCCUACAAACCGUAAUCACCUGACUGGUUUUAAGUAUAUAUCUUGUUGUCUACCCCAGUAAAGAAGAAAUAAUACAACAGGGAGAAAACUUUAACUUCAGUUAGUGAUACAUUUUCGUGGUUCGGACAGUCUCUUGGGGACAGUUCAUUGUAACGGGGUUUUUUCAAUAAGAGCGCUACAAAAGUACGGUUUGGGAUAUCAAUUUAAUUCUUUGUUCCUGUGCAAGUACAUUCGAUGCCAUUAUGUAUUAUAUGUUCAUACCGUUAAGGAACAAUCUUGAAAUUUGCAACAAUCAAAGCCGGGAAAAUACAUUGACUUUCAAGUAAAGAUACGCUCUCUCCCAUUUUCAAAGUUCCAUAUAAAAAUACCAGGAUGAUAUUUUUCAUCAAAUUGGCAUUUCUAAGAACAACGCAACAUAAACGCAUUAAAAUCUGUAGGAUAGUCGAAAAUCAGUAUAUAAGAUAUAGGUGUUUGGGAAAGGUCUUGAUUA